AUGCUGGGGAAGCACCGGAAGAGGAAAAUCAACCCCCCCCUGUACCCAGUCCACCCAAACGAGGAGAAGAAAAAAAACCUCAACAACUUCAUAACGUAUAAGGACCUGAAGAUACGCUGGAGGAACACCUCCAAAAACUACAGGAAGAAGGUGACGAUUGCGAGGAAGUGGAAGAACCUGCACUGCCUCCUUCCGAUGAACAAGCAUUCGUGCAUGUUCAUUUGGCAUAAGAAUUUGCCCUACACUCGUUUUAAGGGGCAGGAAGGGGUGUGUGCCCCCCCUCAGCAAAGUGAUGCCCCCUCGGGGGGGGUCACCAAACAGGUAAUGCACAGCGGUGUUCGGAUUGGCACAGACGGGGGGAGAGCGGCAUCCCAGUUAGAAGCGGCGUCCCAGAAGGCCAAGAAGGGGAACCCGGCACGGGGGCGCCACGCAGGGGGCGAGGCAGGAAAGAUAGGCGAGCAGGAUGAAGUGACCUCCCCAUACGAGGUGGAUCCCUCCCCCCAAGGCGCCUCCACAAUCGAAUUGAACUACCACGAGGUACCUCCCCGAGAAGUGCAGCACCUCCUCCGAAAAGGAACAGAAGACCUGUUCUGCAUUUUCAAAUCCAAUUUUAUAAGCGAGCAUAAGGUAACCAUUGGAGACAUUGUGCAGACAGAAAAACUGCAUCGAAAGAAAGCAGGAGAUGUGGUAUACUUCGGAACUGUCCUCCUCGUAGGUUCCAAACAUUUUACCAUUAUUGGAAAACCCACAGUGCCCUACUGCACAGUGAAAGCUACAGUAGAGCAAAUAACCCUAAGCAAAGAAAUUUUAAGCUUCCGCUAUAAAAAGGUAAGAAGGUCCAGUAGGUUCCUCCGAAUCAAACACUGGAUUACUAUCCUCAAAAUUGAGGACAUCAUCAUCCACACAAAGCAGCAGAUGAAUGAUGAACGGAAGAAGCCUCUUCAAAUUUUGGACUUAUGGGCGAAUAGAUGGCUAUAUGAAAAGGAGUUAAAUUUUAUUAAGUUUAAUGGAAGUGGUACUGCUCCUUUGGCCGAACAGAUUUACCAUCUUGUUGAGCACCAACCGAAUACUUUACACCGGAGGGGCCUUACCGACUGCUACCGGUUUUACCCUGACCCGAACGUCCCCCACACGUAUUAGGGGCUGCCCGGGUGGCGGCAAAAAAAAAAGUGUAGCCCCCCCGUUGCUUCUCCAUAAGGGCGACCUUUUUAGCUAACGAAAUGUACACUACGUGGUCGUUUUUUCCGCGCCAUUUUUUUUCCCGGAGCGCAAUGCGCUUCCCCUUUUUUUUCCC